GACAUACAGAAUAAGUAUGGGCCAGACUUUGAUACGAGCAGCUAAAUGGACAUCAGCUCGAGAAGGUGACAGAGGAAGACUUGAAUUUUCUCCACAGAAUGAAACCAUUCUAAAUUUGAUUUCUCAAAUGGUUGAAACUUUCAACACCGAAUUUCCCCAAGAAUCAAUGGUGGUUUUUCAAUCACCCCUUAUAUGGUUCACAAAUCUCUGUCCUUCUGAUUUUCCUGAUGUUGAUUACGUUAAAACAGAGACAACAGUAGAGUCUGAAACAAGAGGGAGACAAGCAAGUGCUCCACUGCUUCAGCUGAGUCUCACUACUGCUAACAAAUACACACUAAAGGUGUCAUCAUUUGAAUAUCUUUCAUAUGUUAUGAAACUUGCAGGGCAUAAUAAAAUCAAGGAAACUAGGGCAUGUCUUGAAGCCAAUCCUGAUCCAGUGGCAAAAAUACUUGGAGAUGCUUUUGCUACAGUAGAAAAGGCAGAAGAUAAGGGAUUAUUACGAUAUGUUGACAUGGUCAUAAAAGAAGAAGCUGACAGAAAAUUGAAGCUGAUGGAAACUGAAAAGGAAGAAAAGAAAAGCCCUCAAGGAAACUUAGUGUCAGCAGGUCUAAAUUCUGCUAGCCUCAGGCUUUUCAUGUUGUUGCAGCAGCUCGACAUAACCUUGAUGAAAGAGACAGUGAAACAGAUGGCAGGACAAGUGCGACUUACUCCAGAAAGUGCAAGCAAGGAAGUCGCAUUGCUACAGUCACUCUGUGGUCCAACAAAAGAUAAACAUGCUUUACAGUCACUGUGGUACACAUCAGAAUAUACAUCUAAUAAUGGUUGUAGAGCUCCAUUAUGGAGGCAAGUUCAUGGUGACAUUUGUUAUGUGGUAGUUAAACCUUUUGAUGAUCCUCCAUUUUGUGUUACAUUCACAACAGCUGGAGUUUUUCAGAACAAGGGCUAUGAUAUUACAUCUGGAAGUGUAGAGUAUGAGAAAGAUGGAGAAUUAUAUCGAGAUCUCACCACGUUACUGAAAGAAAAGAACUUGCAUUUUUCUGAAACAGUCAACAAAAAGGAUUUUGCAUUGAAUUACCAAAUACCAAGCACAGCUGUAGUUGUUAAAUUUAGACAUGAAGAAAGUGAUAAAAUUAAAAUUGCUGAGAAAUUUAUGAAUGAAAAAGAUGAAGAAAACCAGUUUCUGUUGGACAAUCCUGACAAGAGGAAGAAAGAUCAUACUUCUGUUUGUAAAGAAGAGAAAACACCUAGUUACUCUCAAAAUGAAGCUAGAGUAAAGAAGGCCAAGAAUUCUGGGAAAAAGGAAAAAACCACAAGCAAAAAAAAUUCCUAUCAGAAACUUAAGAACAGAAGUGAAGAUCAUCGAAAGAUUUCUACCACAAAUGAAUUAUCAUCAUCAUCAGGUAAAAAAGGAUCUCUGAGUGUUACCUCCAAGAUCUCAAGUUCUAAAACAAGGAGUAUAUCCAGUAAAAGCCCUUUCCCAGUAAAAGAACAAUGGAGCAGCAGUGAUGAGAGUAGCUCCAGUGAAGAUGAUGAAGAUGCUGCUGAAGAAACUUGGAAGCAGUCAAAUAUUACAGAUCUUCCUUCUGAAUAUUGGCAGAUUCAGAAGCUGGUGAAAUAUUUGAAGGCAGGAAACCCAACAGCUACUGUAUUGGCUCUCUGCAUUUUACGAGACUAUGACCUGACCCAAGAAACUUCUCAGCUGGCAAUAAGAGAGGUGGGAGGAUUGGAUGUACUCUUAAACUUGUUGGAGACCAAUGAAGUAAAGUGUCAAAUUGGAGCAUUGAAAAUUUUACGAGAAAUUGCACAAAGCCCAGCAGUUAGAAAAUCUAUAGUGGAAUUAGAUGGACUAAAAUCCAUGGUAUCAGUUUUAUCAGAUCCAAACAUACAACUUAGAUCUCUUGUGGCUGAGACAAUAGCACAUGUUGCCAGAUAUCGUCGAGCUCAAAACAUUGUUCGAAGACGAGGAGCAAUUCCUUAUCUGAUUGAUCUGUUAGAUGUUCCUCAAUUAGUGCUUAAAAGCCCUGAGUCAGAACUCUCAGAUUAUCAGAAACUAUGUAUCAAAGGAGCUCAGACUGGUGCUCUUGCUUUGUGGAGUCUUAGUCACAGUAAAAGGAAUAAAAAAGCUAUUAGAACAGCUGGAGCUGUGCCUCUCCUUGGUCGACUCUUGAAAUGCCAACAUCAGGCUGUGCUGAUUCCAGUUGUUGGAACACUGCAAGAAUGUGCUUCUCGAGCAAGUUACAGGACUGCUAUUAAAGCAGAAGGAAUGCUGGAUGACAUCAUCCAUCAUCUGAGCUCUGAGAAUGUGGAUCUCCAGAUGCACUGUGCUGCAGCAAUUUACAAGUGUGCUGAAGAUUCCAGUGUUCGAGAACUUGUUGGUCGACUGGAAGGUUUGAAGCCUCUUGUCAAACUAAUCUCAAACACAGAGCUCCGAGAUAAGAGAGAGUUAAUGUCAGCAGUAACAGGAGCUAUCUGGAAAUGUGCUAAAAGUCCUGGAAACAUCAAUGAGUUAAAAACUCUUGGUGGUGUGGAGCUUUUGGUGGACUUGUUACACAACCAACCAGAAGAGGUACUAAUAAAAGUGGUAGGAGCUUUAAGCUGCUGUGCUGAAGAAGCUACUUGUCGUGUUACUAUCAGAAAAGCUGGAGGUAUAGGUCCUCUUGUCACACUGCUCACAAGAACCAACCAGAGUCUCCUAGUAAAUGUAACUAAAGCUGUAGGUGCUUGUGCUGUAGAUCAUGAAGGAAUGAGUAUUAUUGACAGUUUAGAUGGUGUUCGGCUGCUGUGGUCACAGCUGAAAAGUAGUAGUCCUGAAGUUCAAGCCAGUGCUGCUUGGGGACUUUGUCCUUGUAUACAGAAUACUAAGGAUGCUGGAGAAAUGGUUCGAAGUUUCGUUGGAGGAUUAGAGCUUAUUGUUAGCCUCUUAAAAUCUCAACACAAAGAAGUAUUGUCAGGUGUAUGUGCUGCCAUCUCCUGUAUUGCUCAGGAUGAGGAGAAUCUAGCUGUUAUUACUGACCAUGGAGUAGUGCCAGUGCUGGCUCAGCUAGCCUAUACAAAUGACAGUAAGCUAAGGCGCUAUCUAGCAGAAGCCAUAUGUCGAUGUUGUGCUUGGGGAAGUAAUCGGGCUGAUUUUGGUGAUGCUGGUGUUGUAGCCCCUCUAGUAAGCUAUCUGAAAUCAAACAAAGAGCAAGUUCGUCAGGCAGCCAUCUGUGCAUUACAUCAGUUAUCUUACGAGCCAAGCAACUGUGUGACCAUGCAUGCCACUAAUGCUGUUCCUCACCUCCUAAGGUUACUGGGAUCUGUUAAUGAAGUAAUUCAGGAAGCAGCAGCAGGAUGCCUUGGAAACAUUCGGCAGUUGGCCAUGGCAAGCGAAACGUCAUGACAUUCAUCAUGAAGGUUUCUCGGUACUUUUUCAGUCAUUAUUUGUUAUGUUUUAAAAUUUCAGUACAACCUAUAGAUUUGUCACACAAUUUAUUUAUAUUGAAUUUUUUGUUUUGAAGUUUUAAGUAUUUUACAUACAUUAUAAAUUCCUUGUCAUAGACAUCAAACAUUUGUAUUAAUUAUUU